GUUAAAAAACAGAAGUAUGUAUCUAUUGUUAUCGCAUGUUUUAGCAGUUUUUUGUCAAAAAUUACAUUUCCACCCGGAAAACAUGUAACUUUCCCAUGGAUGGAAAACUCUGCCGGCUCCAUCUACAGACUAUUGUUAGAUGGCGAGAAAACACAAUUUGAUAACUUUAAUUUGACGUAUGUCAAUAACAUAACAUUGCAGUGACGUUUUGCAAUUCGCAAUCCGAAUUUUUAGUUUAGCGAAUUCAAAUCUACCCUAUUUUAUGAAAAAUGUAUUUUAAUUUCUUUCCAAAAACCGUGCACGUGGUGGAGAACCGAAAUAUUUUUUAGUGUUUAGUAUUUAAGUUGUACCUGACUUCAAAAAUAUGACGACCAAGGAACUUUACACUAAGGACGCCCAUGUGUGGGUGGAGCAUCCAGUGCAAGUGUGGGAGGGCGCCACUGUCACCAGCGACUACCGGUCAGGAGUUCUGAUCGUCAGGAUCGACCAGAGUGGCGAAAUACGACAGAUUAAAAUCACAGAUGAGAAAAAGCUUCCUCCCUUAAGGAACCCGUCGCUCCUCAUCGGACAGAAUGACCUCACGUCGCUGUCGUACCUGCACGAGCCCGCUGUGCUUCAUAACCUCAAAGUCAGAUUUUGUGACCGGAAUGCGAUCUACACAUAUUGCGGGAUUGUACUCGUCGCUAUCAAUCCUUACUAUGACUUGCCCAUAUAUGGUGACGAAACAAUCAUGGCCUACCGCGGCCAAUCUAUGGGUGACCUCGACCCACACAUAUUCGCCGUGUCUGAAGAGGCCUACACUAAACUGGAGAGAGAACGAAGGGACCAGAGUAUUAUCGUAAGCGGUGAGUCCGGCGCGGGUAAGACGGUGUCGGCUAAAUACGCGAUGCGAUACUUCGCGGCUGUGCGGGGGAACGUGAGCGAGACGCAGGUGGAGAGGAAGGUGCUCGCCUCCAGCCCUAUCAUGGAGGCUAUAGGAAACGCGAAAACGACCAGGAACGACAACUCGUCCCGCUUCGGCAAGUUCAUAGAGAUCCACUUCGACCCGGAGUACAGGAUAUGCGGCGCCAGCAUGCGCACGUAUCUGCUGGAGAAGUCCCGCGUGACGUACCAGAGCGCGGGCGAGCGGAACUACCACAUCUUCUACCAGCUGUGCGCCGCUGCGCGACACAUGCCUGACCUGAAGCUUGAUCACCAAGACUGCUUCCACUACCUAAACCAAGGCGGGAGUCCUCAGAUCGACGGCGUUAACGACUUCAAGACUUUCAACGAGACCAAAACCGCGCUCACUACCCUGGGCGUGACAGAGUCGGAGCAACAGAACAUGUUCACAGUGCUUGCGUCCAUCUUGCAUCUCGGCAACGUGGACCUCACUUCGUCGGAAGAGGACGCCGAAUGCGCUUAUAUUGAGUCAGACGACACCCACCUAAAAACAGUAUGCUCUCUGCUCGGAGUUUCAAAACUGGAACUCUCAAGAUGGCUGACUCACCGGCGAAUAGCGUCCGCGCACGAGGUCAUCGUGUCGCGCAUGGACUUGCAGCGCGCGGCGUUCGCGCGGGACGCUUUGGCGAAGCGAAUGUACGGCGAACUGUUCGCGUGGCUUGUUCAGGCCGUCAAUAGGGCGUUGGACACUGGUCAUGCGAAAAAACACUUUAUUGGUGUGUUGGACAUAUAUGGGUUCGAGACGUUCGAGAUCAACUCGUUCGAGCAGUUCUGCAUCAACUAUGCCAACGAAAAGUUGCAGCAACAGUUCAACUCGCACGUCUUCAAACUAGAACAGGAUGAGUAUAUUAAGGAAGAGAUAUCGUGGAAGAUGAUAGACUUCUACGAUAACCAGCCCUGCAUCGACCUCAUAGAGGACCGGCUCGGGGUGCUGGCGCUGCUCGACGAGGAGUGCCGCGUGCCGCAGGGCUCCGACCAGGGCUUCGUCUCCAAACUGCAUGAUAAAUGCGCCAAGUACCCCCACUUCAUGAAGCCGAGGUUUGGGAAUGCUGCUUUCAUAAUAAAGCAUUUCGCUGACAACGUAGAAUACCAAUGUGGCGGAUUCCUAGAGAAGAACCGCGACACCGUAUUGGAAGAGCAGCUCGAGUGCAUCAAGUCUGCGACCUGCUGCCGACUCAUACACGUCAUCUUCGCCGAGACUCCCGUCGACCACUCCGCUACACUGCCCCCUCCGUCCAGAAGGCGGGCUACGCCGUCUAUGCCGCUGGGAAGUCUUACUCAACCUCCCCGCCGCGCGUCCGGUCAGAAGCAGACCGUGGGCGCGCAGUUCCGCGCGUCGCUGUCCGCGCUGAUGGCCACGCUGUCGGCGACCACUCCCCACUACGUGCGCUGCAUCAAGCCGAAUGACACCAAGACGGCCUUCCAGUUCGACGCCGCCAGAGCUGUCAAUCAACUGAGAGCUUGCGGCGUACUAGAAACCAUACGAAUUUCCUCGGCUGGUUUCCCGUCCAGGUGGCUGUACCAAGACUUCUUUCAAAGAUACCGCUUGCUGUGCCUGUUCAAAGACAUCGACCGCUCCAACAUAAAGGCGACGUGCACCAAGAUCCUGCUGAAGCACGUCAAGGACACUGACAAGUAUCAGUUCGGCGCCACCAAGAUCUUCUUCAGAGCUGGACAGGUGGCGUACCUGGAGAAGCUGCGCGCGGACGUGCAGCGGCUGUGCUGCGUGCGCGUGCAGAGCUGCGUGCGCGGCUUCCUGGCGCGGCGCCGGUACGCGCGGCUCGCGCGCGCCAUCCACGGCAUACUGGCGCGCGCCAAGGGGUACCUGGUGCGCCGCAAAGUGCAAGAGAUCCGUCGCAACCGCGCCGCCAUCAAGAUACAGAAGACUGUGCGCGGCUGGCUGGCGCGGCUCAAGUACCAGCGGCUGAGGCGGCUCACCGUCGGCAUCCAGGCGCGCGCGCGCGGAUAUAUGGCGCGCCGUUUAUAUAAGAACAAGAAGAUUCUCAAACUGACCAUCGGGAUACAGCGCUACGCGCGCGGCUACCUCGUCCGACGGGAGAUCGGACUGAAGCUGCGCAAGAUUAUUGUGGCGCAAGCUGCGGUACGGCGCUUCCUCGCCCGGCGUCAGUACAAACGUCUGCGCAUUGAGGCGCGGAGUCUGGACCACGUCAAGACCCUCAACAAGGGUCUGGAGAACAAGAUCAUCAGCCUUCAGCAGAGGUUGGAAGAUGCGCAGAGUAAAGCCAAGAAGAUUGAGCCGCUGCAGGCUCAAAUUGCUGAACUGAAGGCCAAGCUAGAAACUUUAAAACUGGUAGAGAUCGAGGCUAAAGCACUCAAAGUAGACAUACAUAGUAAAGAUAAUCUCCUCAACGACCUACGCAUCGAGUUGGCAGAAGAAAAGGACAGCAAUAAGCGACUUGUCGAGGAAAAGAAAGAGAUACAAGCAAAAUAUAAGAAGGAGAAGGAGACUUGGGAGAGAGAAAGUGAGAAGUUGGCGAAUGAGUUGAAGAAUAAUAAGGAACAUUAUGAAAUGGCAAUUGAAGAGCGCGACAAACGCCACGAGGCAGAGAAGAAGGCUCUAUGUCUGGAUCUAGAGAACGAGCGCCAGAGCAGGCAGAAGCUGCUCUCCUCGCAGUACGACCUGCAGGAACGGCUGGAUAGCCUGCAUAGGGCGCCGUCUAAAGAACACAGACGAUCUCUCUCGGACGCCAGCACCAAUUCGCAGCAAGAGACGACCGUUGAAGAUGACUUCGGGUACGGCUCGGUGCGUUCUACUGAGUCGUCGCGUCCGGCUCUCGAGGCGGUCAAUUGGUCCACAACCAAUAGCAACAGUUCACAAAACGGACCCACUCCGAUGGCGGACGCGGGCUUGGUGCUCCGCAUGCGCAACCGUAUAUCCGUGCUGCAGAGCGAGCUGUCGCGGACUGCCAAACGAGCUCAGGACUUGGAAGACCGCCUCACGAACCGCCUGACGUCUCCGCCCGCCAACCCCGACUCGGACCGCUUCAAGGUGGAGGAGCUGGAGAUAGAGAACAAGAAGCUGCGCGAGGACCUGGAGCAUCUGCGCGCGCUCGACUCCGCGCACAUGUCCAAGGAAGUCAUCGACCAAUUGCAUCAAAUGCAAGAGGAGUUGGACCGGCGGCGUGACGAGUGCAUACAGCUGAAGAGCGUCCUGACGCACCAGACAUCGAACCUGAAGUCGUUGGCCACUUCCAACUACGGCUCCGACGUGGAUAUCAUUAAUGAGGACGGUGAGCUGGCGUCGGCGUACCAAGCGCAGAAAGGAAUCAACAGACAACUGCAAGAGGAAUUGCAGGACGAGAAGAAGUUCUACGCCGAGCAUUUAGCGCAAAUUAAGCAAGAGAACGAGCGCCUUCGAGAAGAGAAUGAGAAGUACCAGAAGAUGCUGAGCAACGAUCUGAACCAAGAGCCCCGGACCAAGGGGCAAGAGUUCGCUCAGAAUGAAAUCGUACGAUUGACUUCGGAGAUGCUGUCCUUACAGGAGCGCGUAGACAAGCUGUCAGAGAGCUGUCGCAAAUAUAAGAACCAGAUCAGACUGUUGCUGCAGAAGCUGAAAGAGGCGGGCGUUGAACACGUGGAAGAUAUAUUGGAAGAAGCAGCCACCAUGCCACAGAACACCAGCACGGCGAUGGAGGUGAAGCCCGUGAUGCGCAAGAAGGAGCGCGAGUACCUCGGCAUGUUCGAGUACAAGCUGCAGGACGAGGGGACCAUCAUCAAGAAGCUCAUUAUGGAUCUAAAACCCCGAGUGGCGGUGACCCUGCUGCCAGGGCUGCCGGCGUACAUCCUGUUCAUGAUGAUCCUCCACACCGACCACGUGGACGACGAGCCCAAGAUGCACGGCCUCAUCCGCGCCAUCCGCAUGGGCGUGCGCAAGACGCUCAAGCGGCGCGCCGAGAGCGUCGAGUACAACGCCAUGUGGCUGUCCAACAUACUCCGCCUGUUGAACAACUUGAGGCAGUACAGCGGGGACGCCAUGUACCAGGAGAGCAACACGCCGCGCCAGAACCAGCAGAGCCUGCGCAUCUUCGACCUGUCGGAGUAUCGCCAGGUGCUCUCCGACAUCGCCAUUGGGAUAUACCAAGGUCUGAUCACCCUCCUGCAGCGGCAGCUCGAGCGGCUCAUCUUCCCCGCCAUCCUGGAGUACGAGGAGAUCAGCGGGCUGCUCGGCCCCGCCAAAGUGGCCGCCCCCUCGCCCCCCUCCGCCGGCCCCGCGCGCCUCAAGCACGAUUUGGCCUCGACGCACGACUACCUCAAAGUGCACGCUGUUGACACACCUUUGAGGGUCACCAUUUUCAAACAGCUGUUCUACUACAUCUGCGCGUACAGCCUCAACCAGCUGCUGCUGCGCAAGGACCUGUGCUGCUGGGCCAAGGGGCUGCAGAUCAGAUACAACAUCUCCCACCUGGAGACAUGGAUAAAGGAGCAUUUGGCCGAAUAUGGGCAGAAGAAUAUGGAAGAAAUUCUUAGCGUGCUGAAGCCAAUAACGCAAGCAGUACAACUGCUGCAAGCGCGCAAAUCAAUGGCCGACGUGCGCAGCACGGUGGAGAUGUGUGCCGACCUGUCCGCCAUGCAAGUUUGUAAGAUCCUGAACAUGUACACGCCGGCCGAGGACUACGAGGUGAAGGUGACGAAGGAGUUCAUCCAUGAAAUACAGAAGUUGAUGCAGGAGAGAGAUGGGCCCGAUGCCAAUAAAAAACCGCACAACCUUCUGAUGGAUACCAAAAUGAUAUACGCCGUACAUUUCGACUUCUGCCCGUCGCCCAUUCGUCUAGAAGACAUAGAGGUGCCAGAAGUAUUGGAACUGGACGGCUACCUGACCAAGAUUUAAGACAGAAGCUUCAACCCGAUACACUCCCUUCAGAAGCCUUCUAGAAGGUAGAAAAAUAGUACCCUCGAGAUUUAUUCAACUUGCCUUAUUACCGAAAACAUAUAGUAUUUAUAGUAAAAGUCUUAAAGGAUUCAUUACAUUAUUAAAAGAAAAAGAGUUAGAAUAAAAAAAUACGUUCCUUCGUCGAGUUUUCUAGAAGAUUAGAUUUUCUAGAAGUGUUAGAUAAAUAUUUAAAACUCAAGAAAAUUCUUGUUUUAAGGAAAAAUGUUUUUAGUUCAAUUUUAAAUUUUGUACUUAAUAAUAUAUUAUAGAAAAUUAUUUCUUCUACAUUCCUUCUAGCAUCUUCCAGAAGAUAUAUGUAUACAUGAAUUUCGUCUUGUUAUAUUAUAUAUAAGAUGAAUUGUUAUUUAUUUAUUUUUCUAGUGUAAAGUUUUCUUAUUAUUAUUACUAUUUAUUUGUAGUUAUUUGUUUCAAUUUUUUUUUUAAUGUUACAUUUAAUGGAAAAUCAUGUUGAUGUUAUUCGUUUAUUACAAAUGAGUUUUUUUUUUAUUUCUUUUUACUAUCUAUUAAGAAAAAAUCCUAUACGUGUGCAUUGAUUAUGUAUUAAGAAUUAUUCCUUUUGCAUUUAUUUCUUGCCAUACUUAUAUUCAAUUAUUUAUUAAUGAUUAUUAUUAACUAUUCUUGUAUUACCCUCUUUUGUGGUGCCAAGUGGAUGAAACCAUUCAGUGACGUGCACUUCAUACAUGCAAAUGAGCACUGUCUACCCUGAGAAUUCAUUACGAACCUCAGACCAAUUACAAAUGGACCAGUACCGCUCCCAAAUUCACCAACAAAAUUAUCUGUCAUGUUUUGAAGGGGACGAGGUAAACUCACACAUCGAAAAUAUUAACACCAAUAAAUAUAUACUCGGAGGCACAAUUAUCCGCCCAUUUUAAUAUACUCGCGUCAUUUUAAUUAGGCGGAUAAUUGUGCCUCUGAGUAUAUUAUGUGCCCGUACACUACACAUAUAAAUUUGAUUAGCAAUAUACAUUUAAUUUUUACACACAUCGCUUCGACUCGUUACACAUAAUAUUCGAUAACUUGAUCGGUGUUUUGCUGUUACGGCUGAAUAAUCGACUCUUUUUAGAUAUUGUUUUUAUUACAAAUUUGAUAUAAUUAAGUUAAAGGUAGUUGAUCGUUUUUUAUGCCAUUUAACUACACAAAUCAGCGUUUUUAGGGAGCUCUUUACAUGCCGAAAAUGAUUACAACAAUGAAGCAUCGAUUCUGUAGCAACAGUUUUUAUAAACGCGUUAGAUCGUUGAUUCUUGAUCUUCAACAGAGGGGUUACGUCUAGCGAGUCGUGUUUUUUUAAUAAUUGGUCUGAGUUACGAACAUAAAAGCCUAGAAAAAGAAUUUUCCAUUUUACAGGUAUACCUAGUGCUUAUAUUUAAAAAGUUCUUUUUUAGCAUUUAAAAGCAUUGUGCUUGCCACUGCACUCAGGUUGCUAAAAUAUAGCAAAAUUACUUAUGUAUAGUCGGAUUCAAUCUUUAUGAUUAUGAAACAUCGUGCAAUACAAUAUUUUAGGUAUCAGCGGUAACAUAGGGGUGCGGAGGCAGAUCACCGCGCCUCUUGACUUUAUGCGAAUACCUGCGAAUAGCGACACCCACAGCUUAUUUCUGAGACGUCAUAAAGAUUGUAUCCUACUAUAAUUGGGAUAAAAAAAAUAUAACUUAUGUCCAAUCUUUUUUAUACAUUUUUUACCUGUAGGCCAACGACAUAACUCGUGAAGAGAAAGACAUAUUGUCGACCAAUAGCGGUCAUCGAAAAUAUCGCUCUUUUCGUUUAUCUCUCUCUUUCGUUGCGAUAAGACAAAAGAGAUAUAUUUUCGGUCUACAGGUGAAAAUAAUUUAGAUAAGUACUUUCAAUAAAUGAAUAAAGCCUUAUAGAUAAAUAACAUAGACCAAUCAUCUAAAACAAUAUAUAUUUAAUAUUGCACGGUAGAAAGUUUUAUAAACUGUUCAAUAUUCCAUAGUAUUACUAGGGUACAUCUGAAAAAUAUAUAUUUUAUUAUAAAAUAGAUAUUAAAGUUCUAAAUAUUCAAGUAAACUAUGUCGUCCCUUGCUCCAGUACUUAUAUUUCUUAUUUAUUUCAGUGAUCUAUGACAGAAAAUGUGAUCCAUGAAAGUAUUAAGAGUAUAUGAAUAAUAUUUAAUUAUUACUUUUUGUUUUUUUUUUCAUGUUAUUUUUUCCUGUAUACACCAUUUUGUUUAUAUUUUUUACUCUCUGAAUUAUAGUAUAGUUAAUUUUUAAGUAUAAAAAAGUAUUUUGUGUUAUUUUGAGGGCUUUUUUGUUGUUCUGUGUUUUUAUAUUCUUUGACGAGCUUGCAGUUCCUAUGCAGUAGUUAUGAAGUUAUAUUGUGUGUGGCAAUGGAUAAUGGAGUUAUAAUUUCAAACAAGUGUAAAAAUUAAAUUAAACUCUAUUUUACAUAGUACCAGUUACGAAAUUGUUAUAUUUGUAACUAAUAAAAUAAAUAAUAUUACACACACUAAUCAACACUAUAUAACUCGUAGAUAAAGAAAGAAAUAGACAACUGAUUGUAAGUCAAUAGAUAUUCCAUUUUAACGGAAUUUGGAGACAACACGCAUUUUUUUUUACAAUGAACCAUAUUUUACUAAUAUAUUUUAAGAUAAUCUGUUACUUAAAAGUUGAGGCUGUAAUUUUGUGCACAUUUCAUAUUAAAUUAUUUUUUUUUUGAAAAGUAAUGAUAAAAAUAUAUUAUUAAGAGACAACUGUAAAACUUGUCAGACUAAUCUCAAGGUGUUUGAAAAUAGCCACGCGUCAUGACACUGAAUAUCGAAUCACCUUGUCUCGUAGAGUCCACACAUAAGUGGUUCUCUACUUCUUGCUACCUAUGCUACCUAUUCGUCUAUUUCUUUUUUGUCUACGAUGUAACUAACUGCUGUAUAGAACAGCGGAGAGUUUAUAUUUAUUUUCAAUGUUAUUUUAACUGACAACUCAGUUUGUAUUGCCAUAGUUAUAUCAACGAAACUUAAUGUUAAUGUAGUUAAGAGCUAGUUGAAAAUAGUUAAAAUUUAGUCUUUUUUGUACUUAAAUUGAUCAUUCCUAUUAUUAUUUAUUUUACUUUUUGCAAUUAAUUAUUAAGUAUCAAUUCUGUUUAGACUAAAUGUCUUCGUGCAUGAAACUAAUUUUAGUUUCGUUGGCAACUCUUCCCUUACUAAAUAAAUCGAUGGGAAAAAAAUCAUCAAUCAAAACAAUUUAAUCCUCUCAAUUUAGUUUAAAUUAGGUAACUCAAUAAUGUAAGUGCAUCUACUAUUAUACAUUAUUUUACGAAAUUUAUUUAGUUCUAAGUUUAAAUAUUUAUUAUAAUGUUUGUGCGUGCUAUAUUAUUAUAGUUUAAGGAUUUAUUUUGAUAUUUUCCCUAUAUCUUCCAAUAAAAAUCAACAAAUAGUAAAAAAAAGUAAGCGUCAAUAAAAAAUAAAUCUUUAAGUACUAAAAAUAUUCGUUUUGAUAUAAUUAUCAUAGCCAUAUUGACAUAUAAUUAAUCGAAAGGUCGAGAAACUGAAAAUGUUAUAUAAUUAAAAAAAAUUGAGUAAGGCUCUGGGUAUAGUGCCAUACAGCUAAAAGUAAAAAAAAAAUGAACAAUAUAAUAUUUACCGUCAUAAUAUAAUAUCUGUUCUAGAGGUUCUAUCUGUUUGUUUUAUUAAUGUGUUUAAAUUAAUAAUGUUACCAUCAUAUUAUAUUAUACAUUACUUAUAGGUGUUGCUAGCGUAAAAUAUAUAGUAUACAAAAUAAUUAUAUAGUUGAAUAUUGUUACCACAUACUUAGGUGCUUAUGGCAACUUAGUACAUAAUAAAUAAAAACAAUAAUUAUCAUGAAAUGUAACAGUCUACUUAGUACAUUUAUACAUAAUCUGAUCAUGAACAUUAAUUUGUGGGACCCAGCUACUAGCGUGUGUUUUUUUCUUUAAACAUCUAUUUAAAAAAAAAUUAAAAUAAUUUAAUUAUUUUCUUAAUUACAAAAGUAUGUACAAUAAUAUCAAAACUAUCUAAAUUAUCUACCUACAUUUUAAAAAUGUUGUUGUUAGAAUAAUUGUUAUUCUAAACUAUAUUAUAUAAAUAUAUAUAAAUUCAUUAUGUUUGCUAAUACAAAUGAGCCCAAACUUAAUGAUUUUAUCUUCAUUAGUUUAAGAGGUCACCGUACGGUUUCAUUAGACCAGUCCAAUCAAAAGUCAGGGAGUGAUUCCUAUAUAGCUUCCAAGGUUUAUCACAUAAAUACAGCAAACAAGCAAGUUAAUAACAAAUCAUAAUAAAUAUAAAGUCAAAAUCCGCAUGGUUAUAUUUUUUUCAUAGUGAAUUCAAUGAUUACCAGCCAAUUUAUUGCUUAACGUUGUAAUGAUGUAUGUGAAAGUGAGAUAAGAAAAUUAUAUAUGAGUAUUUUCUUAUCUGGUACUUUUACAUAUUAAAAUGAUUUAUGAUUUAUUAUGUUGUUAGGUAAAAUUUAUUUGCAGUUUGAGUCUUACAGCGUAUUAGUUAUAUUAAAAUUAAUCCAGGAAAUUGUACGCGUAUUAUCGAUUCUGAAGGUAUAAUAUAAAUUUUAAUCAGCUAUUUUUAUUUAUAAAUACAAAUCCAAAUAGCUUUACAGUUUACGCUCAUGAGGAAUGGUGGCUAAAAUACUGGCUCAGUUAUAUUUUGUUUGUAUUACAAUUUCAUUUAUUAACAGAAGUCCUUUCACUAACUUGAACUCUAAAACUAUAUAUUACUAACGAAUUUAUUUUAAAAAUUUUAUUGUUUACUUAAAAAUAAAAUUUACUUAUGGUAGUAUAAUUAGUUAGGAUAUAUAAUCGCACCUGACCGACCUGAAACUAAAAUAAAAUAAAAUUAGGAAAAGAAAGCUAUUUUAAAUAGUUUUAGUGAAAUUAUAAGUAAAGAAAAAAACAAAUGCGUAUCAAAAGGAGUUCGAUAUAAAAAUCGUCGUGUUUUAAAAACUAAGGCUAAUCGGAAGAACAUUGGUAUUUAAAGAACCUCAUUUUUGCUUCAUACCGUUCACAGAGUAAAAUUGACUCCUGAUAGGCGUGUCUGUUGUCAGCCGAAAGAUAUUAGAUUUUUAUAACCAAUUUCACCAAUAUAUUUUAUGCUUACCUAUAGUUUGUAACAAAUUUAAAGAUUUUUUUUUCAUUUUAAAAGCUUAUGAAAGUAUUAUUGAAUGGCAAUUGUCAAAGAAGAAUGGCGAGGUUGCAUGUAUUUUGGGACUAGCAAAUAGAAGUAGCGUACAUAUUGGAAACCCAUUAAUAAUUGUUAAUUGUGAUUAAACUAAGAAAAAAACAAAUGGUAACCAAUCUUGAAAAGCAGGGAGAAAAGAGAUAUACCUUAAAAUUAGAAGGUUUAUGCAUACGAAUAAAUGUGAAUUUUAUACUGAAAAACACCGCCGUUGACAUACAACUGCGUGAUUGCUUUAUAAAUACGACAAGGGGUUUCGGUCUCAGGCAACAACUAGUAAAAUUUUACUGUGCUAAGUAUAGAAGUAAUCUUGAUUCCCGUUCUGUAAAAUCUCAAUAUUUUUUUACAAGCAUAUAAAAUAAUAGUUUUAAUUAAUACAAAUGUAUGAGUGUACGACACUUCUGAGUGUGACUCCCACUUUCGCCAUCCUCCUUUGUCAGACAGACCUUAAAGUCAGAAAAAACGGUCGUUUCUUUACACAGUCCAGCAAGUUGUUCUCUUUUUUGAGAAAUUGCGACGCAUGCUAUGAAUAUGUCUAUUACUUUCUCUGUCUACGCUGAAUACUAUCUUCCUAUAAUAUUGUACUAAUUGUCAACUUUGUCGGGCGGGUCAGUUUUGAUAAGUACGAGGAAAAUAAGUAAUGUUUUUAAAAAAAACAUUCAUAGCAAGCUUAGAACGUAAAUUAAAAUGUUUUAUUGAGGUUAUAGACUAGGAGCUAAAGGUUUGAUGUCGGUCAGGGUUUAUGCCAUAUAAUUUCUCAAUAUUGCAAUCAAUUGGUCAAUUUUCGAAUUUACUGUUAAAAAGAAGCCUAAUAAAAGUUUAUAAAGCCGUAUAUUCACUUGACAACAUUUGCUGCCCAAUGUGUGAAACAUUUGUUUACAGCUAUCAUUGGUUGCUCAAUGGUUUAAUAACUUGGAAAAACGUGUUUUAAAGUUACAAAAGUAUCCUAGAUUCAAUUCGCUCCCGUAGGACCAUUAUCGUGCCUAUUUUUAACAAGUUUUUAAUAUAAUUUGUUAUCGUGCCUAUUAAUUUAUUAACAAGUUUUUAAUAAUUUGAGUAAAAGAAUUAUAGAAAGUCUGUUUGAAAAGAAAAGUUGUGUAACUUGUAGACAAUAUAGUUGCUCUUCAAAUGUUGCCGAGUGAAUACGCAUCUUAUUAGAAGAGAUAUUUAAAACUAUAUAGUAAAAUAAUUAGAUAAAUUUGCAAUAUAAUUGCAGAGCCACGUGUUUAAAUUAUAUACCUAAAUAUUAAUUGUAAUAAAUUUUAAUUUACUGAAAUAGGUUGAAUGGGUUUACACGUAGCAAUAACAAGCUCAUGAUUAAGAAAUCCGGAUGGGUUCAAAACUUAAAAACUAGUCGGGCAUACUGUGACAUAUUCCGUAUUCGUAUGAGUUCCGUUUAUCUAUUUCAGUAACUUUUCUAUGUCAUAACUCGUAAUGUAUAAGAUUACGUGUAAUUUAUUCACGUAAUUUAGGUUACAUGUAUUUGUCCUUAAAGAUUACACAUUAUAAUAUUACGUGUAAUUUAUAAGCCUACGUUUAACCUAUAAAAUUAGGUACCUACUUUGCCGUGCUAUGAUAUUACACUGUACCUAUCUUCAAAAACUGUGUUUAGUGGUUUAUAAAUUAGUUCCUCUUAAAAAGCACUAAAAACGAAGAACUGUGAUUUCUCAACAUUAAGCUAGUUGGCACUUUUAAAAAAAGGUUCUUGAAUUGUUUAUUAGCGUUCUUCUAGAGUAAAAAAAAUUAUAUUACUUAAGACAUGGACAAUGGACAUGAAUACAUAAAUGAUUUUUAAAUAUUUUUUGACUAUACGAGCCAAAACGCUGUCUAUCGGCCAUGAUGGCCUUUAUUUUAUAACAGAGUUAUGACGUCACGUAAACACGUAAACACUUACAAAACGGAGUGUUUGACAAAAUUAUUAUUUGGUAACUAGUAGACGCCGUUUCACCCCGUUCCCUAUAGCCUUCCUCGAUAAAUGGGCAAUCUAACACUGAAAGAAUUUUUCAAAUCGGACCAGUGGUUUCUGAGAUUAGCGCAUUCAAUCAAACAAUCAUACAAACUCUUCAGCUUUAUAAUAUUAGUAUAGAUUAGUUAAACGUUUAUUCUUAUGUGAUAUCGUGACGUCACGUUUGGAAAAAUUUAUGAUAAUAUACAUAAUUAUUAAAUUAUGUAUUCUAUGAAAUCCUUAAUUUUUAAUGAUUGAUAUUGAUAUAUUUUGGACCCUCAUUCCAUGUAUUACACAAAAUUAAUAUUGUUUUUACAAAAUUUGAUAUGAGACAACUAUUGAUGAUUUUAGAUACAGUGUUUUGUAAUGGCACGGUAAACUUGUAAUCUGUGUUUCGCAAAUCGCCGCAACGAUUUGGUAAUUUUUGUUAAUAAAACUAAUAUGAACAUAAAUAUUUACCUACCCGCGUUUUACUAUGUAUCAAAAAUAUUUAUUUUGUAGUAUUUACGUGGUUAAAUAAAUAUAGUUGAAAUGUUUGAUUAAACAAUACGACAACUUGUAACAAUUAAUUGUUUGUGUAACUGUUUAAACUUACGAGUACCUAUACUUACACAUUGACAUUUUUAUAAUCUUUGUAGUAUUAUCUUUUUUUUUUAAUUAAUUGUUGCUUCAAAAACAACUCAGCCAUAAGUCGACAAUAACUUAAGUGUUUGGAAAAACUAGGACGAUAUAUUAUAAUGAUAGUUGAGACGCGAGCGAGCGGAUCUUAGUGAGCAGUGAUAGCCCAGUGGAUAUGACCCCUGCCUCCGAUUCCGGAGGGUGUGGGUUCGAAUCCUGUCCGGGGCAUGCACCUCCAACUUUUCAGUUGUGUGCAUUUUAAGAAAUUAAAUAUCACGUGUCUCAAUCGGUGAAGGAAAACAUCGUGAGGAAACCUGCGUACCAGAGACUUAUCUUCAUUCUCUGCGUGUGUGAAGUCUGCCAAUCCACAUUGGGCCAGCGUGGUGGACUAUUGGCCUAACCCCUCUCAUUCUGAGAGGAGACUCGAGCUCAGCAGUGAGCCGAAUAUGGGUUGAUGACGAUAUUAUAAUGAUAAGAGAGAAAAAGUAAGUCGGUAUUUACAUAAUUUUUCCCAAAAAUAUUUACAUUAAAUUUCAAUUACAAAACUAUACUAUCAAAACUGGUCGCUAUAUUGUAUUUCAAUUGGCUUCACAUAACUAAAUGUGGCUGAAAAAUGCCUAUGCAAAUUGAUUUUUUAUAAUAUAUAUAAUAUAAUAAUCAGGUAGGGUGGAGAACAGUGGCGUAGCUAGGUAACCAACCCUGGUGCAAAUUAAAAAAAUGGGGCACAACACUAAUAAUAAUAAUAAUAAUAAAUCUUUUCAUCAUAACUUCAUAUCACAAAUUAAGUUGAAGCCCCGCCUCCUGUACUAGUUAUUACUGUGUUACAGGAGGUGUCUUCCCAUUUUUAACCGACUUCCAAAAAGGAGGAGGUUCUACGUUCGGCUGUAUGUAUGUUUUUUUUUAAUGUAUGCCCAGCGAUAAUUUUCAAUGAUUCAAUAGGUUGAUAAACAAUUUAAGUUAUAAAAACAAUAAAUCAUAAGAAAAAGAAAAAAAACAUGCAACUAUCUAAACUGUUUAGGUUAUAUCAAGUAAAAAUAUUAAAUACAUUUACACAAAUACAUAAAAAUGCUAAGUUACUAAUCAGCUCUUUUUCGUAUUCGAAUUUUUUUUAGUUCAGUUCGAUCGCGAUUUUCUGGUAAGGAUUCGAGGUACCCUGAACUUGAGGUCCCCGGAGCAUGUUACCGUCUAGCCCCUGGGUAGCUACGCCAAUGAUGGAGAUAAGUAAAUCUACCUUUAAAUAAAUAAGUUUAUAAAAAUGUCGGUGUGUAUAUAGGUACGUAUACUGAAUUUUAUAUUUAAAUAAAAAAAAAAAUUGUAUCCCAGUGUUAAACAUAAAAGCAAUAAUUGGCAUAUCUAUAAAUUGUUAUUUAUUAAUUAGUGCAUAUAAUAUAGAUAUAUGUAUUGAUCUGUAGCCUAUGCAUAUGUUUGUUUAUAAGUAUCUUAUCUCAUAUCUGAUUUAGUAAACAUCGCCUGUGUGUCAUAGACAAUGCUUUGCUCUCUGACUCAUUUGGCCGCACUGCAGAAUUGCGUCUGUAUUAAAUAGAUUUUUUUGUGUCCUUUCGUCAAUUUUCGCUAAUUUAUUAAUAUUUGUUUAAUAUGUUAUACGUAUUAAUUUUCACAUUAGCUUAUGCAUUUAUCUUUAUACUCUUAUAUACAGAUUAUUUUUAGCUGGCACCCCAACAUAUUCACAUGCAGUUUGUGUAGACCACAGCCUUUUCUGUUGUGGUGAGGUCACUUCACUUUUUUUUAAUUUUUUUUUUGUGUGAAAUCUUUUGCAAAUUUUUACGACAUUUUUAAUUCAUUUUUAAUUUUUCCACAACGGGGACAAGCUAAGAUCAUUGAUAUACAGCCUAAGUUUUCCAAUAUUUUUGAAGACUUAUGAUCGAUUUGGUUGUUCGUUUUCUUGUUUUUUUAAGCUUGUUUGUAACAGAAAAAAAUAAUACCAAAAAAAAUACAGUUCAAAUGUUACUUCGCCACUUUGGUACACCGGCGAACAAUUUGCCCUGGAAGAGUGAUAUAAAAAUUGUAUUUUUCAUCAAGCAACAUACUUUUAUUAAGCCAAUUAUUUAACCAGAUCCUUAAUUAUACAUCAAGUUAUCAUCUCCAUAUACUUUUAUACGGGGGUAUACCUGAAUUCUCUAGGUCGGCGUUGUAUGGGCCGGUUUCCAUUCCCCAUUACAUCGUGUACCUUAAUAUACAAGCAUAAUUACUGUAAAACUGUUGUAAUGUCAGAUAAAAAUAAUUUAGAUAUAUCUAAAUACUGUUUUCUUUGUGUUGUUUGUUAGAUAAAUAUAUACUUAACAUUUUUUUGAAAUUGCGCUCUAAAUAAUCCUCAAAGUUAUCUAUAUUACUUGCUUAAUAGCUUUAAUAAUGAUAAGAAUGCUACUAUAAUAAAAAAAUAUAUGACUAGACGUUCAUUUUAUCCGUUUUACACAGGAUUUAAAAAUGACAAUUUUACAUACACGACGACAAAGUUUUUUAACACAGUGGCCAUAACUAGAACUAACUUUUGAACGAACGGACGGCAUUUGCCAUUUUGCAAAAGUGUAACAAUAGCGAGCCCCAACACUGGGCCAGAUAAGUUUGUGGCAAUUUAUCUAAAUUUCAGUAUUGUAUCCAAAGAUUUUAUACUAUGGUUUUGUUACUAGCACGUCAAAACUGAUGCGAACAAAAGCGGCUAAUUGUCUUAAUUUCAUAGAGUCGCAUAGUAAAUAGCUAAAUUCAGAUCAUUUCUUGCGGAUUUUGUAGGCACGUAACAUAUCUAAUAGUAUAAAAUCGUUGAUUUUUCCCCCAAUAAUGAGAUUGUUUGAGGAAACGCUUACUCAAGAAAAGUAACUAAAAGAUUUAAAUAAAUAAUCAUGAUAUAUGAUAAGUUUUGAUAUUAUGAAUGACCAUAGAUCUAUUCUAUUAUCUUGCAUUUUAUAAUUAAAAUAAUAUAAUUUGGAACGCAAUUUCAAAUUAAAAGCUAGAUAUUAUUAUCAUGUUGUACUUAAAUAAAAAUUAAUUAAAUAAAAUAAAUGUGUGCUGUGAAUGUUACAUUCCGUAUUUAGAGUUUAGAAAAAUAUAAUUUAUUAUUGUAUUUGAUUAAAUAGGGACAUAAAUACAUAUUAUAAAUAUUAUAUACUUCCGUUGUUAAUGCAGCGAAAUAAAUAAUUAUGUUAGCGAA